AUCACUGCUCCCGAUCCUCCCCGGUUUCCCUCUCGGCUUUAAAAUCCUCGAGGCCGGCGCUCGUCAAUGGCGGACCGCAACCUUCCUCGCCCUCUCUUCGGCCUACGGCUUUGCCUUUGCUUAAGUUUUCGGGCUCCUGAUCAGGUAGAGGAGGCCAUGGAGGCGCCGCCGAGGCCUCUGCGGUUGCGGUGCUCGGUCCAGAACUACGAUUGGGGUAGAUUCGGGGAGGAAUCGACGGUCGCGCGGCUGUUCGAAGGCAACUCCGGGUCGGAGAUUGAGUUGGGCCGGCCCUACGCCGAGUUCUGGAUGGGAACGCACGAAUCGGGGCCGUCCUUUGUGGUGGCGUCACCAGAGGCGGCGGUGGCGGAGGCAGAGUGUUUGGCGCCCGGGGUGGUCACGCUCAAGAAGUGGAUUGGGGAGAACCCUGGCGCGCUGGGUGUGAAGGUCGUGCAGAAGUGGGGGAAAAACCUUCCUUUUUUGUUCAAGGUCUUGUCGGUAGCCAAAGCGUUGUCGAUACAGGCGCACCCCGAUAAGGAGUUGGCAAGGAUGCUUCAUAAGAUGCGGCCGAGUGUUUAUAAGGAUCCUAACCAUAAACCAGAGAUGGCGAUUGCUUUAACCGAGUUCAGGGCGCUGUGUGGUUUUGUCAACAUUGAGGAGCUCAAGGAUGUCCUUGUUGGUGUACCAGAAAUUACAGAGCUGAUUGGUAAUGAGGAGGCAAGCAAAAUUAUUGGCAGCAAAGAUCUAGAUGGAUAUUUGGAUGCAAAAGCUCUUCUGCGAUCAAUCUUCACUAAGCUUAUGUCAGCAAGUAAAGAGGCUGUUUUGGAACUGGUUCCUAAACUAAAAGAUCGUUUAGAUGUUGAAAGUAAGAUUAGGACAUUAACGGAGAAAGAACAGCUUGUAUUACUACUGGAGAAGCAGUAUCAAGCUGAUGUUGGGGUCAUAGCAGCCUUCUUAUUUAAUUAUGUGAAGCUCAGCCCAGGCGAAGCACUGUAUAUUGGCUCAAAUGAACCUCAUGCUUAUAUUUCGGGCGAUUGUAUUGAAUGUAUGGCUGCUUCAGACAAUGUUGUGCGAGCUGGACUGACAGCUAAGUACAUAGACGUGCCAACUCUUUGUUCAAUGCUAACAUACAAACAGGGCUUUCCUGAAAUUCUUCGAGGGGUCCCCAUAUAUUCUUAUGUUUCACGAUAUACACCUCCGUUUGAUGAGUUUGAAGUCGAUCGUUGCCUAUUGCCACCAAAAGAGUCUGUUGUGUUCUCUGCCAUUCCAGGGCCCUCUAUAUUUGUUAUCGUGGCCGGGGAGGGCACAAUGCAGAUAAGUUCUCCAGCCGAGGAAAGAAAGGUCAUUCAGGGGGAUGCAUUUUUUGUGCCAGCUCAAAAUGAGAUUAGGCUGAUUGCUAGUGCUGAUGCACCGAUUCAUCUGUAUCGAGCUGGAGUAAACAACCGGGUCUUUGGUUAGCGCAUACUUUAAUUUCAACAAUACAAGGUUAAAUAUUGAGACGUCCACGAUCGUCACAACUAUGUGAUCAAUCUUAGUUCACAUGUAUCAUGGAGUGUGCCGGAAGAAUAAAAGAAAUGUUCCCUUGAUGUAUAGCAGAACAACCGAUAAAUUGAUUUUUAGUUUGGAAUCUGCAGAUUUGGUUGUUUGAGAUAUUUAUAGUUUACCUAGAAAAAGUAAAAAGUGUUGCUGAAGCAUGUGGUGGAACGGUUAAUUGCAAUAAUAUUCAUAUUAUUUGUA